AUGGCGGUAAAUCGCAUUAAGGGUGCCUUUGCCGUGCCUCGAAAGGGUGAGACCUUUGAACUGCGCGCUGGUCUGGUCUCGCAGUAUGCGUACGAGCGCAAGGAGUCGAUCCAAAAGACCAUCAUGGCCAUGACGCUGGGCAAAGAUGUGUCGGCACUCUUCCCUGACGUGCUCAAGAACAUUGCGACCGGCGAUCUUGAUCAGAAGAAGCUUGUAUACCUUUACCUAAUGAACUACGCCAAAUCGCAUCCCGAUCUCUGCAUUCUCGCCGUCAACACUUUCGUCCAAGAUUCCGAAGAUCCAAACCCCCUGAUAAGAGCACUCGCGAUCCGAACAAUGGGGUGCAUCAGAGUAGACAAAAUGGUGGAUUAUAUGGAGGAGCCCCUGAGAAAGACGCUACGAGACGAAUCGCCAUACGUACGCAAGACGGCCGCCAUUUGCGUCGCCAAAUUGUUUGACCUCAACCCACAGAUGUGUAUUGAAAAUGGCUUCUUGGAGGCUCUCCAGGAACUGAUUGGCGACCCCAAUCCCAUGGUUGUCGCCAACUCAGUGACCGCUUUGUCUGAAAUCACCGAGACCGCGCCUGAGACAAGGGCAUUGAUUGUUACUCCCGUGACGCUGAAGAAGUUGCUUAUGGCUCUUAACGAGUGUACCGAAUGGGGACGUGUUACUAUUUUGACGACCCUGGCAGACUACUCUGCGUCAGACCAGAAGGAGUCUGAGCACAUUUGUGAGCGUGUAGCACCUCAAUUCCAGCAUGUCAACCCUAGUGUGGUUCUUGCUGCCGUUAAGGUUGUUUUCAUUCACAUGAAGGCUCUGAACCCUGAGUCAGUGAGGUCAUACCUCAAGAAGAUGGCGCCUCCUCUUGUUACCUUGGUCGCUUCGCAACCUGAGGUUCAAUACGUUGCCUUGCGCAACAUUGAUCUCCUACUGCAAGCCAAGCCAGAUAUUCUCAGCAAGGAGAUGCGCGUUUUCUUCUGUAAAUACACUGACCCACCAUACGUCAAGCUGCAAAAGCUGGAAAUUAUGGUCAGGAUAGCGAAUGAGCACAACUACGAGCAACUUCUCGCUGAGUUGAAAGAGUACGCCCUAGAAGUGGAUAUGGAUUUCGUCCGAAGAGCUGUCAAGGCUAUUGGCCAGGUGGCCAUCAAGAUCGAGAACGCUGCUGAGAAGUGUGUUGCGGCUCUUGAGGACCUCAUCUCUACCAAGGUCAACUACGUUGUUCAGGAGGUAAUUGUGGUCAUCAAGGAUAUUCUCCGAAAAUACCCUGGUUAUGAAGGUGUUAUCCCUACGCUCUGCAAGCACAUUGAUGAGUUGGACGAGCCUACCGCCCGUGGAUCUCUUAUCUGGAUCGUUGGUGAAUACGCUGAGAAGAUCAACAAUGCAGAUGAGAUCUUGGAGAGCUUUGUCGAGUCUUUCAUGGAAGAGUUCACACAGACACAAUUGCAAAUAUUGACAGCUGUGGUGAAGCUAUUCUUGAAAAAGCCUGGCAGUAGCCAAAAUCUGGUUCAAAAGGUUCUUCAGGCAGCUACAGCGGAGAACGAUAACCCCGAUAUCCGCGAUAGGGCAUAUGUGUACUGGCGUCUUCUUUCCUCGGACCCCGAAGUUGCCAAGAGCAUUGUCCUAUCCCAAAAGCCUACCAUCACAACUACGAUGACAAGUCUUCCACCCGCUCUCUUGGAGCAGCUCCUUACCGAACUUUCUACUCUUGCUUCAGUCUACCACAAGCCUCCAGAGUCAUUCGUUGGCAAGGGUCGCUUCGGUGCCGACGAGAUCCAGCGAGCUGCUAUCCAGGAGCAGCGACAAAACGCUGCCGAAAACCCUAUCGCCGCUUCAGUGGCCACUGCUUCACCCAACGGGUCUGGCGGUGCUGCACAGAACAACAUUGAGAACUUGCUCGACAUUGAUUUCGAUGGUGCCGCGCCUGCUUCCCAUGAGCAGAACAGUGCUUCCGCAACCCCUGACAGAGUGGCCAGCCCAUCUGCUGGUGCACCCUCAGGGGCUAUGGCCGACAUGAUGAGCAUGUUCGAUGCGCCGGCGCAACCUUCGGGCACAGGGGCUUCUUCUUCAGCUGCAGGACCCAGCAACAACAUGAAUGACUUGAUGAAUGGAUUUGAGGGCUUGAAUUUUGGUGGUGCAUCAACGAGCGAGCCGCUACCAGCAGCGAUGCAGCUGCAGCAGGCCCAGGGAGAUGCACCUCUGCAGCCCAAGAAGGAUAGUGACGACUUGCUGGGUCUGUUGUAG